GGAUAUUGCUAGUUAAUUAGAAAUCAAGUGGUUCUUGCAAAAUGUCUAAUAAUUACUCUUUCUGGGUCGCUCUUUUUUGUCUUGUUGUAUUGGUUUCUAAGGAUGUCGAGGGUGGUGAUCCUGGUGGACCGAUUCCUGCAAAGGACGCAGAUAAAAUUCAGUUUGCUCUGAACUUGGAAUUCUUCGAAGCAGAAUUCUUCUGCAAUGGUGCAACUGGUCGUGGCCUUGAUGGUAUAGCCCCAGGAUUCGCAAAAGGUGGUCCUCCUCCCAUCGGAGCGCAGAGGGCCAACCUUGAUAAUCUCACUCGUCAAAUAUUUGAAGAAUUUUGUUACCAGGAAGUUGGUCACCUCAGGGCAAUUAUAACCGCGUAUGGUGGAUUUCCAAGGCCUUUAUAUGAUCUCAGCAAUCAAAGUUUUGCUACAGUAUUUGACAAAGCUGUUGGUUACAAAUUGAUCCCACCAUUCGACCCUUAUGCGAGCUCAGUCCAAUAUCUCUUAGCGUCCUACGUUAUCCCUUAUGUAGGACUCGUAGGAUAUGUUGGCACCAUUCCAGAACUAGCCGACUCCAAUGCCAGAAGACUUGUAUCGGGUUUAUUGGCCGUAGAGGCAGGACAGGACGCAGUGAUACGAUCCUUGCUUUAUGAAAUAGCAGACAAGAAAGUAGAGCCUUAUAAUGUAACAGUUGCAGAAUUUACAGAUUUAAUAUCAGGGCUAAGGAACAAGCUUGCUGCGACUGGGAAUAAAGAUGAAGGUCUAACUGUACCCAAGGAACUUGGAGCUGAGAAAAAGAUUGAAAGUAAUAUAUUAUCAGCAGAUGCAAAUUCUGUUUCCUAUUCUCGUACUCCAAUGGAGAUUUUAAGGGUAGUUUAUGGAAGUGGUAACGAAUCUCAGGCUGGUGGGUUUUUGCCACGUGGUGGAAAUGGGAGAAUUGCAAGGAGUUUUCUAGACAAAAAUAUUAAUUAAUUAAUUACAUGUAUUCUGCUGAUACAAGGAAUAUAUAUAAAUAAAGAUUCCCUACGUUUGGAUUCCUGUUUA